AUGGACUUGCCCUGGACCUUCCUACUUGUGCUCCUCUGUUACGGGCAGCUCUUGCCAUGGCUCAGGACUGCGGGACAGCCAAGCUUAGACGCGUUCUACAACGAAACGCAAGCAAAGUUGUUUCUGAAGUUUUAUGAGCAACCAGCCCGAAUUGUGUUUAAUGAGUUCAUGGAGGCCACUUGGAACUAUGUCACCAACAUCACCAAGCGAAAUCGAAGGAACAUGUUUCAGAAGGAGGUGGAGAGGUCUCAGUUCAUGUUGUACUUUGGUAGCCGAGCCCGCUUGUUUAAGACAGACCAUUUCCAGAACCCGGACGUGAAGCGCAUGCUGAGUAAGCUGCAGAACAUAGACAAGUCGGCCUUGCCCACGGAGGAUCUCCGGGAGUACAACAGAAUUCUGACCUACAUGGAGACAACGUAUAGUACAGCUGAGGUGUGUCUGGAUGAGGGUCCCUGCUUGCCUCUGGAGCCUGACCUCGAAGAAAUCAUGGCCACCUCCAGGGACGAGAAGGAACUCCUGUGGGCCUGGCAGCGCUGGCGGGAUGUCGUGGGCCGCCAGAUCCGUCCUGUGUUUGAGCACUAUGUCCAACUUAGCAACAAGGCUGCACAAUAUAAUGGGUACAAAGACAUGGGGGCUUUGUGGAGAGCCAAGUAUGAGUCCAACACCCUGGAGGAAGACCUGAAGCGGCUCUUUGACGAGCUGCAGCCACUCUACCUGAACCUACACGCCUACGUGCGCCGCUCACUGUUCCGCUACUACGGGCCUGAGGUCAUCGACCUGCAAGGCCCCAUCCCUGCCCAUCUCCUUGGGAACAUGUGGGCCCAGUCCUGGGACAACAUCUUAGACAUAGCCCUGCCCUACCCAAAAAAGCCACCUGAGGACAUCACAAAGAUCAUGAAGAAUCAGCACUGGAAGCCUGAAAAAAUGUUUCAAGAGGCUAACAUCUUCAUUACCUCCCUGGGACUGUUGCCUGCACCACCUGAAUUCUGGGUAAAAUCAAUGCUGGAGAAGCCAGCUGACGGGCGGGAGGUGGAGUGCCACGCCUCAGCCUGGAACUUCUACAGAGGCAACGACGUCAGGAUAAAGAAGUGCACCGAGGUGACCAUAGAAGACCUGCUCUCCAUCUUCCACCAGAUGGGCCAUAUCCAGUACUACUUGCAGUUCCAGAACCUCUCUGUAAUCUACCAAGAAGGUGCCAGUCCAGCCUUUGAAGAGGCUGUGGGGUCGGUGAUCACCCUCUCAGCCUCUUCCCACAAGCACCUGCUCAGCAGGGGUUUGCUCAGUCAACAACACCAGGAUUCAGAGGAGGAGGUUAACUUCCUGUUAGGCAUUGCCCUGGAGAAGAUUGCCUUCAUCCCCUUCAGCUACCUGGUAGACGUGUUUCGUUGGAAGGUCUUUGAUGGCACUAUUACAAAGAGCAUCUACAACCAGGAGUGGUGGAACCUCAGCCUCCACGUUAGUCCUAUUUCUGGCUCUGACGUGGCCUCUUGA